UAUAUGCAAAAUAUACCCGCUCAAGAUGAAAUUCAUCCCGGUACGAUACCAAUACAACAAUUGCAAGACAGCACCAACUAUCAAUCUACCACUGGUUCUGAUGCAUCAUCCAAGAAAAUGAGUGUGUUGCAAACCAUAUUUGGGUACGAAAUGUUCAAGGGCAAACAAGAAGAAGCAAUUGAUGCCAUCCUUUCUGGCAGUGAUUGUUUAAUUAUUCUUCCUACUGGUGCUGGAAAAACACUGUGCUAUUCUAUUCCAGCUAUAAUAGCUGGUGGAUUGACUGUUGUAAUUUCUCCACUCCUGUCACUGAUGCUUGAUCAAGUACAACAUUUAAGGUCUAAGGGUCUUAAUGUUGCCUAUAUUAAUUCCUCAGUGUCUGAUGAUGAUCGAAAUACCAUCAUACAUAACAUGGUAUCUGGUAACUCACCCUAUAAUUUUGUAUUUGUCACACCAGAGACUGCUGGAACAGAGGAGAUGAGAAGUGUAUUUCAGACUCUAAAAACAAAUGGUUUACUGAAAUACAUUGUAGUUGACGAAUGCCACUGUGUUGACAUGUGGGGAUUUGACUUCAGACCAGCAUAUGCUCAACUUGGAGUUCUAUCGCAAUUACAAUGUCCAAUAAUUGCAUUAACUGCUACAUGUACUGCCAGAACUGAAGGUGUCAUUAUUUCAUCUCUUCAAAUCACAAACCCAAUCAUUGUAAGAGAGACAUGCAAUCGCAAAAACAUUUCCCAAAUUGUUAAAGCGAAGAAAGGAGAUGGUAAGGAUCAAGUGGUAAAUGAAAUUUUAAAUGAACACAAAAACAAAUGUGGCAUUAUUUACUGUCUGCAAAGGUCUGACACAACAGACAUGGCAUAUUUGUUACAAAUGCAAGGGAUUAAUGCCACAUAUUAUCAUGGUGCGCUUGAUCCAUAUAAGAAGAAAGAGAACUUCCAAGCAUGGCUGGAUGGAAAAGCCCUGGUUAUAUGUGCAACAAUUGCAUUUGGAAUGGGAAUUGACAAACCAGAUGUCCGUUUUGUAAUCCACUUGAGUUUACCCCAGUCACUGGAAUGUUAUGCACAAGAGUUUGGCCGUGCUGGCAGAGAUGGAGAAGAGUCAACAUCAUGUAUAUUUUUCUGUUUUGAUGAUCGGACAAGACACAUGCAUAUGAUUUCUUCAUUACCGGAGAGCGAGCACCGAGAUUUAAAACAAAGAAAAUUGAAUGAAGUCAUCAAAUAUUGCAUCAUACCCAAAUGCAGAAAGCUUUAA